AGUGCUGAACGACAAACUAACGUUACAUCUCUUUAUAAAAGUAUAAGGGUCGCGACUUUUGUUUUUGCCAACAAAACGAGUGACUCAUUUUGUAGUGUGUUCAUAGAACUGGUGACUGUAUAUUAACUUGUAUAACAGCUGUAACAUUUCCUGUUAGAGACCUCAGCUAACAUAUUGUUACAGUGUUAGCUAGCGUUAGAUUGUUAACAGUGUGUUACACUCGCUAACGUAACGCUACUUUACCCUAAAUAGACUAAAAUACAUCAACAUUCAAACUGGCUUAACUUGUCAAGGUAUUUCCAUCUGAGUGGGUGACCAACACUUCCCAAAGUGUUUUCCAUCUUUAUUUGAUGAGCUUUGAUGAGUUUUUUUCCCCAAGCACCACAAUGAGGAGACAAGAAAACCAGCCAGCCAGACCAACAGCAGGCUGCAUGUCUGUCCCACUGUUUAACCAGAAGAAAAGGAACAGACUCCCUCUGACAUCUGCGCCCUCGGAGAACGAGUUCUUCUCCCACAGUGAAUACACAGCAAGCGGCUCAGCUGCAUCUCACAGCGCUUCAGGUACCUACGGACGUUACCAGGCCUCCGGUCCGACCUGUGCGGCUCCACAAAGCCAGCAGUGGAGCAGACAGGGCAUCCCAUCAUCUACUCCGCCCCAGCAGUAUGGCAGCAGCAGACCUGCUCCGGGACCUGCCCCUCCAAUUAGAACCUACGCAUCCAUAGCCCACCCAUACAAAGCUGGAGGCACAGGCUCUGACAUGGGAAAGCCCAUCAAUUCAAUGAGACAACUGGAUUUUAGCCUCAGUGGUCAUUCUGGACAGAGCAGCUAUCAAGCCUCCCAAAUCAGGCAGAGUGCACAAAUUAAGCCAGUGCCCCAUCCAAGCUUCUCCCCAAUGGGUCAGCAGUCAUCUUACAGACCACACAAUCCCACACACCAGUAUUCUCCGCAGCCCAGACCUCUGUCUGCUCCUGUCCCGCCACCCAGCAGGCCCUCUGCCGCUGCAGCAGAGCCACAAAGAAACUCCUGGAAGUUUACUAACAGCUUUGGGCCGCAGAGAUUCCCCUUUGAGGGAAACAGGGGCACAAAUCAACCUCAGACUCUGCGACAAAGUCAAACUCAGGACAGAUUUCCAAUGAAGCCAGCCAUCGAGAACUCACUGAGGAUCAUGACUUCAGUUAUUGAUGGCAUGAGACACUGGAGCCAGUUUAAAGACAAGGUCCCAUACCUGUUUGAGAUAUUUGCUACUCUGGACUCUGCGGUCACGCUGGGUCUCCACGGAGCGAAGAACUUCCUCAUGAGAGACGGGAAGGAGGUGGUGAUGUGUGUCUUCUAUGAAAAUGAACAGGAACUGCCGCGUCUCAUCCGUGGUCAGGUUCACCGCUGCGUGGGGAACUACGACCGCAGCAGAGACGUCCUGAUGUGCGUGUCCGUCCGACCCGGCCUGCCCUCAGAGCUGAGAAACGCUCCGGAGGCCGUCAAAGCCUGCGACGCAGAAAUGAGAGCGCUGGUGAAAACACUCAGUGAAGUCUGAGCAUGAGUUCUGUCGGUGUCUACAACCAGUAUACCAGUGUUUGAUGAGAGUUCUAUGUAUUGAUAGAUAACUGGUGUUUUGGGUCGGAGUCACAGUUAGUUACAAAAAGCAUGUUUAAAGAAUAAUAAUUGUUGACGUGUGAAGGGCGCUGUUGCGCUGAUGUACUGGACUUUAACAGUUGAAUUCACUUGCGUUUGCAUCCAUAAAGAGUUAUUUCCUUGAACUCAAACCUGAAUGGAAAGUAACGCCUCUCUUCUUUGUAAGUUCUGAAACAUUUUUAUUACAAAGAAAAAGUCACAGAACAGCAAACAUUGUUUAGAUGUCAAUAAAGCAAACACUAUGAGGUAAGAUCUCAAAAUAUGUCUUUGAAAAACUGGGCAGUCUGGAUUAACAUGUGAUACCAAGUACAGUUAGUUUAUUUACAGUCAAACAUCACAAUGGAAAAAAAACAAUAAUUCUACUCUACCAGAACAGAUCCACCAGCGCUGAGACUUUACACACAAAGAGGGGAAGAAGUCCAGAGCCGCCACAGCGCAGCACAGUUUGAGGUCCAAUACGAAACACGUCCCUCCCGACCUUCACUCAAGUAUGGCAACAGAACCACAGUCACGUUCUUAAUGUCGGGACACGUCGUCACGGGAACCUAAUUUGGGAAAUAUUUAAAGAUAAAACCAUUAGCAAAAACCAACCCAUUAUUCAACACUAAUACGCACAUAAACACCCACUAGGAAAAGGGAGUCUAGCUUGAUGAAAAUCGGCAGUGUGAAUGGAGAAGUAGACGUUUUGUCCUUGGGACAUGACAGGAACGGUGCCAGCGCUUUGAAGAGGAGAAGUGGAUCGAUGCAAACACGGCAGCACGUCAGCUGCUUCAGGAGCAAAUGAUUCCGAAGCACGUUCUGCACAUAAUGUGAACGAUGCGUCAGCCUCACGCAGAUAACCCAAGGCAAAGUUCAAUCUGUACCGCUCCCUCCUCAGCCACUCACUUUUUAAAUCACGUAAGACAAGGAUGCCAGGAACUAAUCCGCUAGCUGCACGUCACAACCUUUUAAGAAAGCAAUUGAAGUGAUUUACCUCUUCUAGGUAAUUGGCUCGUACUGAACACGAGUUGCUUUUUUUCUCUCCUCUGGCCGAGAGGAUUAGGAGACGUCGUCUUUUUUUUUUUUUUAAUCCUCUGGAACAUUUUUUCAAGUUAAUGAGAUCACACUGCAAUGAGUACAGGAGCAAGACGUCAUCACUGAGAGCAGAAAAUAUUUUACAAAAUAAACACAUUACGUACUCAACAGGAUCCAGAGUUUCUCAGCAGAAAACGAUGCUAACCUGAUAGUUGUAAUAAACGCUUGUCUUGGUUAUGUUAAAAGGCACAAGUUGGUCUGAUCACAUUUAAAAUCGAGAUCAAUCGUUCUACCGUUAACAAAGCCCAUCUCAUGCUGCCUUUCUGACAAAGAUCCUACACCUCUGUGCCUUUUUCUUCCUGAAAUAAGAGUGUUUUAGUAUUGUGUGUUGGGGGACAUUUGUUUCAUAAUUAACAAGCGGGUUACAUUACACAAACAGUUCUGGGGAAAGGGUAUAAAAAAAGAGCGCAGUAUCCCAAUAUAACAUUUUUUUGACCACACAGCUCUGGUACCACCACGAAUAAGUAAAAUUAACAUCCUGGUGAUAGGAGGAGAUUCCCAUUUGUCAUCUUCUCCCCGAACGCAUCGUCCUUGAAAGCUAAAAUGUCUUCUUGACCCUCACUGGUUCGACGCCUGGUCACGUGACUUGACGGCAGAUAAAGUCUGAGGAGCAAACAUCUUGCGACGCAUCAGAUUUCCCCUUUUCGACGUGGUACUUUGAAGGCUCAGACACCAGCUUUGUAAAGUCCAGACGACAGGUUCAGUCCAGUGGGAAAUACAUCUUCAGUAGAACCUUUUUCUAUUUGUAUUCUCGGCCUUCAAAGUCGCCACAUAAUCUCAUGCUCACAUUCUUUAUGCCCCGAGCCUGUAGUCUGUUUUGUGAUGUCACAUCUGUGGACUUGCUUUGCACAAACUGAAAACAAAA